AUGUAUCGGUUCAGGCUUUUAAUAUUGCGGAACUACAUGCUAGAGCGCGGAAACAAUACUGCAUCCAAUAGAAGAUAUAUCGAUACAACUUUGACCUUUGGAAAGUACUGCAUCAUAUUACUAUAAAAUGGCAUCUCUGCAGGUAGUGGGGGUUCUGUUACAUGGUUCUUAAAUGGCAAUUCAACUGUCAAUGUUUUUAAAAGAUCUCAAUUAUACAGAUCCAUACUGGGAUUCACAGAUGCAACUCUCUAUGAUAUGGCUAAUUAUGGUGUUCCAAUUGCCAUUAAUACUUCUCAGAGUAUUUAGAUGGGAGGCUCUGAUUUGAUUAUACUUGUCAAUCCCAGGACUACUGCAGCAACUUUAACUUUUUCUAUAAACGCAUAUGGAUUUGAAAAUGCUUUUGGACUUUUGACAAUACUUCCUUUAACUAUUUUACUGGUUUUAACUUAAUUACUUUUUUGA